AUGGAUAACAAAGCGGAAGAAAAUCAAUACAUAAUGACGGGUAUAACAAAUAUAGAGCGUGAUUUCGGCUACAUAUCGACACUGCUGCGAUGGAAGGAAACUCGUUUUUUCGGUCCCUCACCGCGCGGUUUCUAUCAUGCCGCCGAUUUCUUUUCGGAAUAUGCAACGCAACGAAUCAUGGUGCGCAAGCAGCCAACAGAUGUCACCAUUAUCGGCUAUGCGGAAUUCAGCUAUUAUCCACUAAUAGGCGCGCUGCCACCCGAUUGCUGGACGCACUGGAUUAAACAUCAUUUCUGCACCACCAAAGAAUAUGCACUAAACAGAGGCGACACGAUGUUCUUUACGCGUUUCAUAUUUUUCCCCAAAUACAAUCCAACGCUUUUGCACCGCAUACUAGUGGAAUUCUUUCAUCGUGAGUUCAAGAUUCGAUAUGUUGUGAUUGUUCAAAUGCCCGAUGACGCAGAUUUACGGCCAGAAGAUACUCCUUGUUAUGAUAUGUUGCAGGGUAUAAGCACUGUUUUGUAUCCGCGUAAUUUCAGCGUACAACGGUGUCGUAAUGUGCAGCGGCUACACAUAAUACAUCGCAAUAAUGUUAUAGAGCGCAUGCGCUAUCGAAGAGCUUUACCCGAAGAUAACGACGACAUCGUAGAAGUGAUUGAUGUAGAUCGUCCCGAUUUGCGUGAAGAAUAUGGCGAUUUUUACAUAGCAGAGGAGCUGCAAAAAGAAAUCGAUGAAGAUGAUAAGAAUAAUACAUUUAUCGCCUGUGAGUUGCAACAUCAAACAGUCGGUUUUAUUUGGCUUAAUAAUGAUGUCAAUAUUCUUACCCUGAUCGAAAACUUUGAGUGUGAAGGUUUCGGUAACAUGAUACGAUUCUUACCAGAUAAACCACAUAUGGAGAAACCAAUUAUUGUUUCUGGUAUCGAGACGAAGCCGUACUAUAAACUGUUCACAUCGGAAGCAAUCGGGAAAAUUUAUGAACAGGAUUUGAAUAAAUUAAUUGAUCAUUCUGAUGAGGGAAAGCAAAGAAGUGAAGUACGCAUGCAUUCAACGCGUCCUUCGUCGGGAGAUCAAAAUGUCAUAUCCUCAGCCCGACGAAAGAAGCGUGUCAAUUUCAACUACGCCGACGGUAGCGACAAAAACUUUUAUCUGCGAGAGGAGUACUUACGCAAAAUGCAAUUAUUGGAUUCAUAUUUAAAGAGUCAUGAGUACUAUCAAACAUCUUUUCGCAAACGUUUGCGCAUUCCCUACAAUGUACCAGAAUUGCAUAGUUCAUACGAAGAUGGAGAUUUUCCAUUCGAUAUGCAUUCGAAUGUGUUCGCUAUAAAAUUGCUGGGCAUUAGCGAAACUACAGACACCCGCUUUGCUUCACGUUUCAUUGCGACAGCUUUUACCGCACAUCCGGAUCGUGAUUACUGCAUCAUAUCCAUACCGAAUAACACGCGUCUGUCGAGAAGUGUAGCGAUGUUGCUUGGUUUGUUUGUGAAUCUCGUACCACGUCCAGGCGCCGAAAUCGAUGAUACUGUGUGUGUCAUUAAUAGAAGCGCGAUUUUCGGUCAUAUAGGAGUAAUGCAUAUUCUAAGCGAAGAUGUGCCCCUGAUUGAAAAAAUUGUUGCUAGCUCGUGCGCAGUGCUCAACAAACGCGCUUCAACAUUUUAUGUAGCUCCAACUAAGGCAUCUUUUUUGGUACCACCAGAAGCACAGAAUGAAUCCAAUAUUAUUCACAAUGUAUUGACUGAAGUUUUUGAACAUCCAAAUAGUGAAUUCAGUUUUCUAACAAUACGUUGUGGCGAUGCAACACGCCCUUUGGAAAAAAAUACCAUUGUAGGCUUCGUUAUCGUGCGACCCUUCUACAGGCUACACGAAUUGGAGCACAAAUACCAUCUUAUGCGUAAUGAGUUAAGUUUUAAACAAACACCAGCCGAAAUUGUUUUAUUAAGACUACAUUCUAAUUACGUUUGGGAGUCUGAUGCCAUAUUUCGACAAAUAUCCUGUGCCACCGGAUUCGUUGAAUUCUAUUGCUUGCAAUCGACUAUGAGUAGUGUCAAGCCGCUUCCCAACGAUUUAGUGAAACAAAUGCAGCCCAUAGAACCGCGAGAAAUCGCACAAAUACAUCGCCGGGAAUACAAAAAACAUACAUCUGCGAUUUCUGAACAACUCCUAACUCAAUUGGACUUUGAAAAUGAAAAUGUUGCUAUAUAUUAUCACAAUUUGUUCCCAUCCAAACCAUUUGGUAAUUCAGAACACAUUGUCAUACUCGGCUUCAAUAGUAUGACUCGCGCUUUACUGCGAAUAUUUCUCUUCAACUUUAAAAACUCAAGCGCACUGAAAUGUCAUUGUUGUCUGCCACGCCACCGCGUUACCAUAAUUUCAUCGGUGGGCGUUGUGGAAGGCAUCUACGAUCGUAAUUUUCAAUGUGAGGUCUGUGAAAAUCAAAAUGACUGCUACAUAAACUGGGAAAAUAGUAACAGUUUUAUACGGGACACCAUUAGUUGCAUGGAUUUCCGCAAAUAUUUUUCAUUCGUUAGUUCCGAUGUGAAGAAAAUCAAAAGAGACGAACGCAAAUUGAUCUUGACCAAUGGCUGCGAGCUUUAUUAUCAUAGUCUAAUUUUUGCAUUAAGUCAGCGAUUUGGUGUACCACCAGCCGUACAGCGUUGCCCACGCCCAACAAACUAUAUGCACUUGAACAAUCGUUUCGAUAAAAUAACGCUCUAUUAUAAACUCCAAGCCAUUUGGAAUGAUCGCAAUGCCAAUGAUAUCAAUAUAAUUGUUUUCGGUUCACGUUUAGGCACUUUUGAAUUUAUUAAUUUUCUACUUAAUCACAAAAUACCACCGCUAAAUAUAACUUUGGUUAUGCCAUGGGAUGCGGAAGGACAUGCAUCAUACGCGAAGUACAAUAUAAGCAAUAUGGAUAUUAAUAUUGAGUUAAUACUACAGGAGAUGACUGAGGAUUUAGGUGUAAAGCUUGAAACAAAUUGGAUUCUAAAGGAAUGGAUAUAUUAUCAGGGUGAAUGCAUUAUAUCGCAUGCUGUAUUCGAACAUCAUCCCGACGGUCAUAUAAUGACUUUACCUUGUGAUCUAUUUGUCAGUUUUCAUACGCACAUCAUCGGCACGGAUGUAUUGGAUAUAAUGGCAAAUGCAGGAAUUGAAAUGCAGGAUUCUCGAAUAUUAAUCGAUGAACAUUUUCGCACUAGUGAUCCGAAUAUCUUUGUUGUGGGAAAUUGCACCCGCUUGAGAGUGACUCCGAAUCAUCAAUACAAACAUUGUGCCAAAGAUGAAAUAGCGGCUAAGCUAAUACAUGGUCUCAAUUUGAUGGAGGACGAUGUUGUUGAAUAUUCUGAGAAAUAUUUACUACCAGUCUACUUUCAAGCUCAAUUGCCACUAGGCUAUUAUAUGGCUAAAGUGAUUCUGCCUAAGCGAUAUAUUGCAAAUCAUUUAGAUAAUAGCUAUAUGCUCUCGCUAGUCACUUACGAUGGUAAUUUUUCAAGAGUACGCAUCAAUGUGCAUGGCAUCGUAGAGGAGAUAGUGGUUGUAUCACAAACUAAGCGUAGUUUCGAUCAUCUGCAAUAUUUUGUGGGCCACCACGAGGCAUUAUUGAAUGAUUUGCAUGCCCGUUGGUAUCUGCAAGAAAUUAAAAGUUUUAUUGAUUUCUUUGAGGAACCAUGGACGGAGCUGAUUAUGCAUUCUGAAUUUAAUGAUUUGCGUCGCAAAAUUCGUAUGCUAACUAUUGACACAGCCAAGAAAAUUAUGAAUUGGGGCCAAGUAAUGGAUCGCAAGGCGCGCAAGACAUUCCUGAAACGUCAGAUGGCCAAUUUGCAAUACACAUCGGAGGUAGAGAAGACGUUGUUGCGUUUCUUGAGAAAACAUCGCAAUGAUUUCAUUUAUCCCUUUGCAUUGCCCGAAGACUUUCAUCUAAAUCUCGCAAGUAAAUUAAAUAUUUGA